CGGCGCGGUGAUGUCAGCUCUCGACGAAAAUAGAGAGGGAUCGCCUGUAAAUCCUCAGCUCCGGCGGGGCUAAACCUUGCAAUCCCUCCCCGGCAGGCGCCGAGCCAGGGCGCAGAGGCCUCCACCACCUCCCCCGGCGCGCACACACCAGCACACGCGCGCACGCACGCACACACUCCCCCGCACAGACAUUCACUGUCCUCCUCCCUGCCACCACUCUCGGUGCCCGCCACUCGGCAAGCCAGCCUGCCCCGCAGCAAAGCACAGGUGGUAGCGGCGGCGGCGGGGGCGCAGCGUUGUUGCGCGCGCUCCUGUAGCCCCCGGGACAGCGCUGUCUUUGGGAAACCAUUCUCGGAACCCUCCAAACCCCCCAGCGCCCAGCCAAGCGCUACUGUAACCUGCGGCGGGGAGCGCGGGACGCGCGCAGUGGAGAGCUAGGACGUGGAUUAGCGCCCGCAGGAACCUCCGGCGCGCGUUGAGGCGCUAAAGGGCUUACCCAGGAGGGGGGUGGAAGGGCGGAGAGAGGCUCCCCCUUAAAUACCGCUCCCCCGCACACACGCGCUCACCCCAGCGCCCGCUCGCUCCCUCGCUAGCUGCUGCCGGACUGUGCUGAAGAGGAGGGGGCGUUCCCCAGACCAUGGCAUCCACUGAAGGUGCCAACAAUAUGCCCAAGCAGGUGGAAGUACGGAUGCUUGACAGCCACCUCAGCUCAGAGGAGCCCAAGCACCGAUCUCUGUGCCUGCGCUUGUGUGACAAGCUGGGGAAGAAUCUCCUGCUCACCCUGACGGUGUUCGGUGUCAUCCUGGGGGCAGUGUGUGGAGGGCUGCUUCGCCUGGUGUCUCCCAUCCACCCCGAUGUGGUCAUGUUGAUCGCCUUCCCAGGGGAUAUCCUCAUGAGGAUGCUGAAGAUGCUCAUUCUCCCUCUCAUCAUCUCCAGCUUAAUCACAGGGUUGUCGGGCCUGGAUGCUAAAGCUAGCGGGCGCUUAGGCACGAGGGCCAUGGUGUACUACAUGUCCACAACCAUCAUCGCCGCCGUGCUGGGGGUCAUCCUGGUCUUGGCCAUCCACCCUGGCAAUCCCAAACUCAAGAAGCAGCUGGGGCCGGGGAAGAAGAACGACGAGGUGUCCAGCCUGGACGCCUUCCUGGAUCUUAUUCGAAAUCUCUUCCCGGAAAACCUGGUCCAAGCCUGUUUCCAACAGAUUCAAACAGUGACAAAGAAAGUCCUGGUGGCACCUGAGUCAGAGGAGACCAAUGCAACCAACGCUGUUGUCUCCCUGUUGAACGAGACUGUGACGGAGGCUCCCGAGGAAACUCAGAUGGUUAUCAAAAAGGGCCUGGAGUUCAAGGACGGGAUGAAUGUCUUAGGUCUGAUAGGAUUUUUCAUUGCCUUCGGCAUCGCCAUGGGGAAGAUGGGUGAGCAAGCCAAGCUGAUGGUGGAGUUCUUCAACAUUUUGAAUGAGAUUGUGAUGAAGUUAGUGAUCAUGAUCAUGUGGUACUCUCCCCUGGGUAUCGCCUGCCUAAUCUGUGGGAAGAUCAUUGCCAUCAAGGACUUAGAAGUGGUUGCUAGGCAACUGGGGAUGUACAUGGUCACCGUGAUCGUGGGCCUCAUCAUCCACGGGGGCAUCUUUCUCCCUUUGAUUUACUUUCUGGUGACCAGGAAAAACCCGUUCUCCUUUUUUGCUGGCAUUUUCCAAGCUUGGAUCACUGCCCUGGGCACUGCUUCCAGUGCUGGAACUUUGCCUGUUACCUUCCGUUGCCUAGAAGAAAAUCUAGGGAUCGAUAAGCGAGUGACCAGAUUUGUCCUCCCAGUUGGAGCAACCAUUAACAUGGAUGGUACAGCCCUUUAUGAAGCGGUGGCCGCCAUCUUUAUUGCCCAAAUGAAUGGUGUCAUUCUGGAUGGAGGCCAGAUUGUGACUGUGAGCCUCACGGCCACGUUGGCGAGUGUUGGUGCAGCCAGUAUCCCCAGCGCCGGGCUGGUCACCAUGCUCCUCAUUCUGACAGCUGUGGGCCUGCCGACAGAAGACAUCAGCCUGCUGGUGGCUGUGGACUGGCUGCUGGACAGGAUGAGAACUUCCGUCAAUGUCGUGGGUGACUCUUUUGGGGCAGGGAUUGUCUAUCACCUCUCCAAGUCUGAGCUGGAUACAAUUGACUCCCAACACCGAGUGCAUGAAGACAUUGAAAUGACCAAGACUCAGUCCAUUUACGAUGACAUGAAGAACCACAGGGAAAGCAACUCUAAUCAAUGUGUCUAUGCCGCACACAACUCUGUCAUAGUAGAUGAGUGCAAGGUAACUCUGGCAACCAAUGGAAAGUCAGCUGACUGCAGUGUUGAGGAAGAACCCUGGAAACGUGAAAAAUAAGGAUAUGAUUCUCAGCAAAUUCUUGACUAAGCUCCCCAGCGUACCUUAUGGUAAAGAUGAUAUCAACAAGCUUUCUUUUAAAAGGAAAAAAAAUGCAUAUAUUUCUAUGUUACUUAAUCUGUUAGCUGAGGCUUAAAGGAGCUGUUGUGAGUCAUGGUGACAGGCAGGGUGCUGUGUCUUUGCCAAAUAACGCUUCAUAAACGUCUAAUUUGCUCACUUGUAUUAUUAUUGUUUGAAUGGAUGCUGCUGGAGGAAUCACACUGAAUUGAAGACACAUUCUUGCCACUUUCUUUUUUUUUUUUUCUCUCAAGAUGCAUAACUGUGGAAAUUCUUUUCCCAGGGGAUAUAACAAAAGCAGUGUGGUACAUUCCAGGGACUUGGGACAACGAACACACAUGGUGUGUUAUUCCUUAAAGUGUUCAUACCUUGCCUUGUUAAGCACAAGAGAUUCUGCUAGAAGCCUCUAGAAGUAACUCCCCUUCAAUGUCUUGUAGAGUUUGCACAUGUUGAGACUAAAAGCAAAUAUCUCUUAGGGAACUUGGACAAUUUAUCUUUCAUGCACCCUUUAAGUUAAAUGUUUCCAGAAUUUUAGUGGAAGCCACACGCUUCAGUGUGGCUGAUCAUGGAACCCAUUGCCUCUCCAUCUCAUGCAAUUUGGAGAUUCUAGAACACCUGUAUGAAUAAUAGUUGAAAUUUCAAUAUAUAUAUAUAUGUCAUAAUUCUAAGUUUGAUAAUGGAUUAGAAAGCAUCUUGGGCCUAACCACUGCAUCUAUUGACAAAAUUAAGGGAGCACAGUUGCCAUGGAUUUUAAUCAGACUUAAAUAUUCAAAUUCAUUUAUGCACUCACCUGACACAGUGAAAUCAAGUGAGAUUGAUUUCCAUCCAUCUGUGUUUUGCUUUCUUUGUUUUUCCCAUAAGGUUCUCAUUUGGGAUUCUAACCAGAAAGGUAGUUUCCAUUCCCAAAUUGCUCCUAUCACAUUCACCCAGCUGGCCUCUCAUUUUGUCCUCCUGGCACACAGAGGAUGCUUGUGUUGGCCAUGCCCCUUUCCAUACCACGUCUUGGCACUUAUAUCUAAUAUGUAGAAAGCUUAUUGUUGUAUCAAAGCACAUAAAGCCAGUUACAGGACACAGUUGGAAGCAGAACCUGUCUCCCUCCUCGGUGGGAACGGAACAGAAAACAAACAGCCACGCACAAUCCUGCACAGGUGGCAUUCCUAUGGCAGAGUCCAGGCAGCCUUGAACCACAGAGUGGCAACAAAGGAGGCUCCACACAGCUUCCCAGAUGGAAUCUCUUUCAAGGCUGUGGGAGUCUGAAGGAAUCCAUAAUCUAAUUGGCAUAGCCCAGUGCCUUGCCUGUGGUAGGCAGCCAGCAUGACCUUAAAGAUUGGUUAUGCGAGCUGAAGGCUGAAUGCCUCUGCUACUGUCUCCUACUGAGUCACCCACAGUAUUCCUCUAAGGUGGCUGGGUUUGGGAGUUAGCUGGGGACUUGAGUUAUUAAGUAAGGCACAUUUGACUCCAAGGAGAAGGUGAACCUCAGUCCACAGGCGGGAGUAGGGUGUGUCAUCCGAGGCCAGCAGAGGGCUAUGGUAGUUCUAGAACCCCAAUUCUCUGAGGAGAAGGUGGUUUUGGAAUCACCUAUCCUUAGUGAUCUACUGCUUGUGACUUCUGUCUCCCAAAUAGGACAGCUUUGGAACCUACAAAAGAUUAUGAGAUUCUGCCUGUCUUGUCUCUUAAACCCUUUUUUUUUUAAAAAAAAAAAAAAAAAAAAGGAAAGAUCACUAUGGAGCAGUAUUAGCAGAUUUUUAAAAAAUGAUGUGGGUCUUCCUUUCCAUUAGAUGACCAGUUAACAGGGUGGCCAAGGACAUGCUCAAAUGUAGUAGUGGACUGUACCUCCUUUAUAGCAGAUGUCCCGUAGGCUGGUAGCCAAUGGGACAGUCCCAGGGUUUAGCUGUGAAACUGUUUAGGAUCGUCUCUAAGUGGUAAUCCCAAGAGCUUUUUUUACACCAAGUAGAAGAAUCCAGGCGAGGCCUCUAGGAGCCUGCUGCUUUUUGCUGUAGAGGGCCAACGAGUCACUAGUAGGUGGUUUUUCAAAGCAUUGGAAAAUCACUCCGGUUUCUUUUGUCCUAAGCUUUUUUCUUGCUAUCCUGUUUAACCCAUGAAUAGAUAAGGGGAUAAUGUGUUCAGAAGAAACAAGAGGCAGCCUUACAAAGCAGGCUUUUCUGGUUUGAGGCUGUAGGCAUUGUCUCAUGAGAAUAUACUCAGGAGAUCACACUUAUCUGUAAAUUCAAUAAAUCAUUAAAAGUAAACAAUGGACCAAAUUCAAGACUAGCCUGAAUUUCCAGGAUGUAUGUAAAGUUGUCAUGUGACUUAUAUCCUGUGGUGUUUUAGGCCUCAUUCAUUCUUCCCAUGCCAUGCCCAUUAGGGAUUCUCUUGCCCAGAAUAUGUGCCAUAAACAGUGCGAACAGAUCCAGAGUAUACCUCUAAUAGCCUUUAUCUAAAUGGAAUACCUGUCAGUUAUAGACUUAUUCUAAUAGAGCCAUCACAGAUGAAUGCAUAUAAUAGUCUGUCAAUGUUUGAUGAAGCAUAAAUGUUACAUAGCCACAAAUGGACACAGCAGGACAGGGACACAUACCGCAUCCUGUAAAGUUUGCGAGUCAGAGCUUUGGCAACAGCAUUUGUUGUAGGGUCAUUUGAUCUUUGCAGGAAUCAGAAUUAUUUCAGGAGAAAACCACCCACGUAGACAUCAGUCCUUCUUUUUCUCAGUUUACCCUUUGGGAAACCCAAGUAGAAUCAUCACCUAAUGAUUAACUAUAAUUCAGGAGAUCCAAAUCAGUUAAUGACAAGGAUGGCUUAUCUUUCAGGCUAAUGUUUGACCCUAGAUUUUUUUCAAGAUUGUGCUCCUGACCUAUGUAAAAAAAAUAAAAUAAGGAAAUCUGCACCUAAGAGCACAGUUCCUUGAUAAAGGAUGUUAAGUGACUUUAGGAAGCUAUUGAAUUCCAUUUUGAAAAAAUUCCUAUUGGGUACAGAGGCAGGCUGUGAUGUCCUUGCCUGUAGCAGUUACCAUUUCCUAUAAAAGACAAAUAUUUAUUUUCCCCUCCUACCCACUAGUCAGCCUGAGUAUUCACAAAAGCUUAAAGAGAACAUGCCAAAAUGCCUGCCUCCUGGAUUUAGGCUUGUGGAUGCUGAGAAGGGCUUGGGAGGAAUUCUGUUCGUGGGGGAAUUCCUGGUAGGUGCUGCCAGGAAUCCCAAUGACCGGUUGAUUGGGUCUCAGGUCAUUUCCACUCAUGCAUGGAGAACGAUGUCAUUUGCAAGUACUUCUAGUCAAGAGGCCCUUUCAGAAUUGAGUGGUUGGGAAACUUCUCUAUUGGGUCCCCCAAAGAAAAACGAUCCCUGUCAUAUUUUUUUUUUUUGCAAAUAUCACACUUCCCUUUGAAAGUUUGUUAUAAUUUUUCACCUUUGUCAGAAUUAAGGCUUCUGCCUUUGCAGUAUUUUCCCAUGGAGUACAGCAAUAAAUCCAUGUAGGUAUGCACAUGCUCAGAGAUAAUUCUCCUUGGUUCUCACUCUUAAAAAAAACAAGUCUCGACAGCUUUUGCCUGAUUUGAUGACUAAAAGUGCACAGCAGUUACACCCUGGGGGAGGGUGGUUCUUCCCACUUUGCUGCUCUUGAACUCUGAGGACCAGUUAGUUGUCUGGGUUGCUGGUUUUGCUUUGUAUAAUGUCCAGCUGAACUCAUUCCAGGCAAAGAUAAAGCACCAAAUGGGAUUUUCAGUUAUUGUAAUACUCACUCUUUGAAUAAGGAUCCUAGAUCUAGGGGCAUAAGAAGAUUAAUUGAAAGCAAAGACUCAAGUGAGAGUUUUAUAAAUCUAGUUGUCAGAGAAGAUUAAUAGUUUCAGCAUCUGUGGGAGGUUCUGGCUAGCUCUAGAAGAAGGGUCACUGUGUGCCAGUCAGGUAGGUGGCACUAGAGUCAGAAGAUUCUCCUUGAGUGGAGUGAGUUCAAAGACACUCAUGAAACAUUAGCUUAUGAUUUUCCCUAAAAGAAAACCCAGUUUUCCCUCUUCCUCGUCCUUCCUCUUAUUUCGAUGCUCAUGAAACAAUUAAGUGACCAUAAAUACAGGUUAGUAUAGAGAUUAGUUUUUAAGCAGAUAACAGGGAAUCUUAAUUGAAUAGUAUCUAAUUUCACAGCCUAAAAUAACUAAUUCAGGCAAUGACAUAGAGAUGAGAGAAACAACAUGAUUUGGUAGAGGAAAUAUUUAAUUUAGACUCUGUCCAUCUUUAGCUGAAUGUCUUACACAAGCUACUUUAUGCCCAAGCUUCAUUUUCUCCCAUAUGAAAAGUGAAGGGGUUGGAUUAAAUGAUUUAAAUCCCCUUUCAAUCCUACAAAUCCACGGUAUUACAAUCUCUGCUUUAUUUUCUUCUUUCACAAGAGGCUUACUACUAUAAAAUAUUACGUAUUUAUACUCUAAGUCGGGGGGGGGCAUGAUAAUGAAGAAUGUAGAUUUUUUUUUUUCUUAUCCCCUUUGGGAGAAAUUGAAUUCAUGUUAUGCUUUCCUACAAGCUUGGAAGGUGGCCAUGUCAAUCUGCAGUUUGAUGUGUUGAGACCCUGAUAAACAUUUUGUAAAAGGUCCCUUUACCUAAACUCACUUUCCUAGUAGCAGUAGGGAUUCAGCUCAGGGAACAUGCUGCCAUCAUCGGCAGGAGGGACCGGACCUGUCUCCAGCUGUACCCAAGCUCUUGCAUCAUCCCUGCUGUAGCAACAGAGCCCACUCCAAAUACCCAAACCACAUAGUUUUCUCCAGACAGUCCUAAUUGCCAACCCAGUAUGGGAAUUUGGGAGCCUUUGGCAAAUAAACUUGAACACUCAUGAAAUUUGGUGCAAGACUUACACAAUCACAGCGACUGUCUGUAAAUACCUUGCCUGCUCUGUGUGGGUGCAGACAUGCACAUCCAUUCACAAGUAAGUGGGGCUACGUCUUUUCUCUAGAGGGAUGUGCAGGGAGAUUUUGUUGAAUUCAUUUUCAAAUUUUCUGCUUGGUUUGCUUUCCCCGCGGGCAUCACCACAGUAGAGAACCUCUAACUUCACAGACCAUCAUUACCCUUUUGGAUGCCUGCAGAGUCUCGGAGUGGAUGGGGUAUGGUGCAUGGUCUGCAAGGUACAUGCCACAAGCCACGACCUUUAAGCAACCUCUUGCACUUUUUUGCUAUUGUUGCAGUGGGCCACUGCUGGCAUCUUUGCCCUUCUUCCAAACUCUGCUAAUACAGAGUAGGGUUUGUAUUUCUUGUGUGGUGACUUACCUUUAUGGAUAGAAAAGGCUUCAACUCUCCACAUUCGGGGGAGACAGACACAAAGCUGGGACUGAAAGGAUUGAGUAUUUUUGUUAUUAUCAUUUGCUUUGAUUUUUUUUUUCCAUUAACAUGGAAGACCUGAUGCAAAAGCAGCAAGAUAAACAGUUUCUUAAUCAACCCAUUUAAGAAACUGUAAAAAAGUGAAAGAAGCCCUUCAGGUCCUAUUCCAUUCAUUCUAAAUACUACCCUGAAUAAUUACUAAUCAGGUUCUGUCUCUAUGUCCAGCCUUGCUUCACCUUCUAGCCCUUGAGCCAAGUAUCUGUUUUGAUAUUCUUUAAAAGUCCUGGUUAUUAUUCAGGGACUUUUUUUUGUGCUGAAAAUGAAACCUACUACUGGAACAGACCUUGCUGUGGGUACCCACAGGUCCCAGGCUCCUGGGAGACAUCCCCCAUCCCUGGGUGAGGUUUGGAACCCUCGUCAUCUUCCCCUGUGGAGAUGGAUAUGAUGCAGUCAGAGUCUUGCUACUUCUGGGUCACAGUUUCUUCUCCCAGGUACCAGUUAGCCUGCCCAGAAAUAGCCCCUGGUAGGGGGCAGAUACACUCACCAAUCAAGGGAGUUUGUCCAGCACAUCUCUGAGGUUCCCCCCGCAUGGGACAGAUAGAUCCUCUGAGAUGUACAGUGGUCUCCUGGGUGGCUUACCGCUCCGUGAGGGUUUCUUUCCUGAGCAGGAACUCAUCCUUUGGCAUCUAGAUUCUUCUACAGAUCCCCUUCACUCCCUCUUGUCCUCCUCUCCCUGGAAGAGCUUAGCAUUCAAUCUCCAUGUUGCACAACUCAGAUCAGAUUAUCUGAUCACUAGAGAGAUUUGUAUAUAAAAGAGCUACUUUUUUUGAGAAUUUUUGUAUAUUCCUUUUCUAUUUGUUUUCUACAGUUUGAGGAAAGAGCUGGCACACUGUGAAUCUAAUUUUAUCUUGCUGCCAGCGGAUAUAUUUUGUCUUCCUGGUAAGAAUCUAUGGUACCAGGGACAAUAUAUUGUCCUCUCAUCAGUAUUGCACCCCAAAAACUACGAAUCACUUUAGCUCAGUCUUGCAUUUUUUUUUCUUAAACAAAUCCCCAUGCCUCUUUGCUAUUAUUUAUAAAAGCACGAGAAAAUGUAUUUAUAGUCAUGGAAAUUAUAUGUUUAAUAUUAAUUUAGCCUUCCAUAAUGCUAUACAUUUGUAUCUAUUCUUCAGAAAUCAUAAAGAACUCAGUAUAGACUGAAGUAAUCUAUUUAGUAUCUGUAAUUUUGCAGACAGAUAUUUUCUUAUGGUAUUUUCUAUAUAACCACAUAUAUAGAAUUAUAACUAGAGCACAAGAAGUUUCUACAGCAAUUUAGAGCUAUCAAUUCUUUCCUGAGUAUAUCACCGCAUUUCAAAAAUCGAAGGACCCAUUCUUAGCCAUGCAAUGAACAUGUCCACGAAGAACAAAGGAUUACUCAAAUGCCUUAGAUUGCUAGGACGUGCAUCUAAACAAUCUUUCUAACUCAAGGAAUGGUGCUGAUUUUGAAUUUUUGACACCAGGCCUUGUUUUUCCAGCUAAGCAUUCUAAUUUUGAUGGUCUUUAAGAUGAUCAAAGGCAAGAUGAUAAUAGCAGGAUCAUUUUUAUAUCAGAAUCUCCCCUACCUCUAAAUGUUUAUAUGAAAUCUGGCUUAGGGAAAACUUUGAGUAGCAAAGACUGAGUACUAGGAAGGAAAUUGGAAAGCUAUUUGUUGCAGUUAAUUCUUGCUAAGGGAAAUGCUAGUAAAUAUCACAUUGUUAUAUGAAUUGAGCACAUAUUUUUAAGGAAAAUUUGAAAACUUUUUUUUUUUAAUACUGACAAUGAAGCAAUGCUGUGUCACUGGGGGCUGUCGGUGGGAGCUUAGAGUCACACUGAAAUUGUUUAGAAAAAGCCCAGGUAGAUUUUUGUCCUCAGGUGAAUAACAAACUAUGUAACUUUCCCAAAAGGGAAGUGGUAAAUCACUAGCCACUGAAAAGAUGAGGUGUCUUUCCUCUGCCAAACAUACUUUCUGAUAGGGUGGUAGGAUUAGUUUUUUUUUUUUCUCCCAUUUUAAAAAGUAGCCAGUCACAUAGAAAGCAUACUAGUGUGUAGUUUACCCUGCUCCUCAUUAAGCACACAAAUUAGAUGUGUCCUCAACUGGCUAAGAUUGUAUCCGUUUUCAAGUACAGCUAGCUGUCAAAGCAUGAAGUUCUUGUGUGUACACGCUGAUACUUGGUUCACGCAUGAAGAACAGUGCCUAAGCACUUUGUGUAGCUAUAAUGUAGGUAUCUAAGUGUAAUUUCAGUGAAAUGGUGUAUAGAUGUAUUGUAAUUUAAUUUAAAUGUUAUUUUUGGCUGUUCAUCUAAAUGCAAUUAGACAUGUUGAUUUGUGUUUUAAAAACCCUUCUUUUUCUUCUUAGAAGCUAGAAGCAGUGAGUCAUUUCUCCUCUCAAUGUCAUUUGAGGAUAUAUCUGAAUGAAGAACUUCUCUAUGAAUCCUUUCUAGUAAUGAUUGUGUGAAGGUCUGUGGGUGUCCAGCACCUCUGUCAAUACACUUUUCAGAGCAGGGAUGGGUCAGAUGUGUUGGUCUGGUUCUUAGGGAAGGUCAUGUGAUAUGGGUAUAAUACACGGUGAAUGCAGUGGGGGAGCUUUUGAUUGUCUUGGCUUAGGUAGGUACGGAAUGAGGACACUCACCUGCAGUCCUCCUGCAUCUGGUGGAUCAGGUUCAUUGAGACAAAAGGUCGGUAGGCUCCCAAGCAUGUGAGCAUCGUGUCUUUAGGGAAGAAUCAUUCUCUCUGGUUGCCAAAUACUCAGUCACGAUGCGCAUGCUCUGAAGGUUCUGAAGAGCCUAGUCUCCCUUGGCCUUUUGAUUGAGGAUAUGGGAAACACAUUUUCUGACUAACUGCCAUUCAGGUGAAAACCCACAAAAGCACAGUUUGGGCAUCAAACAGCACAGUUUUAGAAAGAGAGAGCCCUAGAAGCACAGGGUCAGUCAGUUUGCAGUCUUGGGGACUGCUGAGAGCCAACUUCCCAUAUAUGUGAAGGGAGUUUGACCUCUCUACCCAGUAGGCUUCGGGUGUAUGCUUGGAAUGACUGAAGAUGAGAUUAAUGAAUGCAAUUACACCUUUGUCUCUGAAAACACACAUUCUGUCUAAUUUCCACUAAAUGCCAUGCUAGGAGUUCUGUAGUUCCUCUAAUCCCUUUCUCCUCCCUAAGAACAGAGAAGAAACAGCAAUGUGCUGUGGGGGAACACUGAGUGCCUCUCUCUUUUCUCAAAGGACUGAGGCCUGAGCUCACAAGGGCAUAGAAGCACAUUCGUUUGCAGUGUUUUCUGCAGAUUAAGUGGAGUGAGGGGAUACGGUGGUUGGACAGAUUUUUUUUUUUUUUCUUUGAAAAUGUGGCUUCUUCCAAUUCAGAUUGAAAACUUGCAGAAAGAAACAAGCCUUGAGCCAGGAUUAUCUUUGAAGAUUCUUGUAACUCCAAGACAAGAAUCAUAGUUUCCCUCAUGUUCACGAUUCCUGUUGGUCUGAAGUCAUGUAGCAUACAACAUCUAUAGCACAUGGUACUAAUGAAUGCAAAAAGAUAAAACUUCAACUAAUUUUGGGAUUGUUUGUUACGUAUGGUACUAGGAAAUGCCUUGUUGGCAAAGCACAUUUGGGGGAUUUGAGGUCUUACAUUUUCGCCUUUAGCUUUCCAAGCUUUCUUUUGGAGUGGACUGAUUAAUGUAACAUUUCAUGUGUAAAACAACUGGAUAUUCUUUAUAUGCUGGAAAUAACCUGUGAAUCCAAUAUUUCACUAAGUGUUUUAACUUUUGUGUAUAUAUCUCUCAUCAAUAAAUGUGGACUUCAAUUUC